CAUGUGUUCCCCACAGGGUUGGGAUCUACAGGUCAACCCUGCCUCCCCAAUGGCAGGAAAAGUGAGCUAGCUCUGGAUUACACCAGGCCAGUCCUGCCAGGUUCUAUAACGGUCUCAUUGUCUCCCCUUACCUUGCCCAGUACAAAAUCUGGGUACCAGUACUCCAUUAGAGGGGAGGGCUCAAUGAGAAAGCAGUAUAUGAAAAGGUCUUUGACAUGUUAGCUGAGUGUGCAUGCUACAUCUUUUCCUUUCACAGAAAACAAUCCCAGAACAAAAAGAGAGGGAAGCUGGGGCUAUGGUGAAUGGGUGAAUGGUACACAGCUUCAGAGAUUUCAUGCCAUUAGACCUUCAAAUAGAGCUGAAUAACCAGAACUGCUUAAGACAUUGACAAGUAACAAGCAGGGUGGUGUAUGAAGGAUCUGUUGGACCAGGAGACCUUUACAGCAUGAUGUUGCUGCACUGUUAUGCCGUCUUGAACCUACUGCAGCUUUCAUGUUCCAUCUACUUCCUUCAACUCUUCUCCAUGUACCAUAGGUUCUGUGGCUUUAAUCCCCAUUACUAAUAAACAGAUCCUGAUUUUAGAGAAAGCUGAUCCUUUGAGAUCACUCUUCAUUCAGGAACCCCUUUUCUUUCAGAGUCCACUCAGAGAUGUCUGUUAACAUGCAAAUAUUCUGCAAUAAUUAACACAAUGCUGUUUCUUUUUUACCCAGCCACAUUUGACUGAGAAGGCUGACAGAGCCAGAGAAAUAGGCAUAUAUAUACCUCAUAAAUCUCAGGAUAUUUUGAUUUCUCAAGGACACAUCCUCCAUUGUCAUCUUUUGUAAACAUAUCCUUUUGACCACACCUAGGUUUUCCCUGAUGCAAUAGCAAACUAGCAUUAAACCACAAAUGUGCUGGUAUCAUUUUUCAGGUAUUAUACUCACAGAUGCUUUGCGUCAUAGUGUGGGCAUAGGUUAGAGCACGCUGCCAGCCAUACAAACUAGCCUAAGUUGGAGUUUGGAGGUACUCUGUGCUAAAGGAAACCCCUGCAGCAUUGAGACCAAGGAAGAAGUCAAGACACAGAUCUGAAGCUGCUCUUUGGAGAUGCUCAGACAAGAUCUACAGAGCUUUACCAGAGCUGCCCCAGUGCCCUUAUAACUCAUUGUGGGAAAAUAAGGGAAGAUUGGCAAGGAGGAUUGUAAAUACACUCAAGUGUCUUGCAGGUGAAGUGUAGAAAAACAUAUAUACUAAUUGUUUAGUCUUGUGUGUUUGGUAAGUGGAACAUCUCUUUUUAUAUAACAUAGGUCUGUGCUAGACUUAGAAUCACCCUAUUGAAUAUGCUUGGCAUUCCUGCUUUGCUGUGGUAAAGAUCAAAUCUCAAUGGUAAACUGUGCCUGCAAUAAUCCCUGAUAUACAUGUGAAAACAGCAGGUUUGGUGAUCCUUGAGUAUGGACUAGACUCCACAGUGCUGGGAUCCCUAUUUGUGUGCCUCUGCCUGGGUCCUGCUUGGAAGAUUCCCUGGUUGGUGAGGUAACAGAAGUAAAUUUACUCUGCAUGUCAUAUGUGUUUUGGUGGUUGUUACGGCAUCCUGCCUGUGCCAGCUCACACAUUGAUCCACAACCAUCCUCCCUGUCUUAGCUGGGGAGCAGCAGUGGUACAAACCUGGCACAGGCUUGCAUUGUGCGUCUGCCCUUUUCUGUGCUGUCUGGGCUGGCCAUGUUUAGGAUUAGGGUGAUUUACCUCAGAUAUGGGGACCUAGGCAAGGAGGCAACCUUAUGCCUAGGGCUCUCUUUGGGAAAUGAAGGAACUUCUCAGCUUGAAGUGUACUAAUCCUCAGCUUCCAAAGCGACUGGCAGUAGGUUCAACCCCGACAGGGAAACUGACACCGCAGGCUGGGACAAAUUGCACCUGCCAGCAGUGAGAUCAUCAGUUCCCCCAGGUGUUUUAGGAACCUCAGUGUAGCCCGGCUCCUGGCACUGGCCUCACCCACCCAGUAGCCCUGACUGCCUUCAGCUGGUCUAUAGACCAAAGGGGAGGUCCCUGAAGGUCUUCCUGCCUUGGGGCCAUGGACUUUGGCUGCAAGAGCCUGUCUACACUAGCCUGCUCUCUUACCAUCAUGUAGCCAUGCUGUACACCUGCGGUGGAAGAUGUGGUUUUCACUGAUUUAGACUCAGGAUAGUUGCAAGGAAGCAGUCUGGGGGAUAAUCAUGGAGGUCCUGGUGAGCCAGAACCCAGCCUUUCCGGGAGCUCAGGCAUCUCCUCUAGAUGAUGGCAGAAGACAGGGCAUGGUGUUAGUCAAACCCUACAGCUGACCAGGUUUCACUGACAUAGGUCCCUUGCAAUCAUGGUGAAGUCUAGAAGAGUGCAGGUGCUCCUGAUUCUGGUAGUUCUGUCCUUCCUUCUUAUCCACUUCCUACCCUGCAGCAACAAUGCCCAUAUGGAAGAAAAACCUUCUCCUGUCCACAUCCUCAUUCUCUCCUCCUGGCGGUCAGGAUCCUCCUUCACUGGACAAAUCUUCAGCCAGCACCCCAGUGUCUUCUACCUGAUGGAGCCUGCAUGGCACGUUUGGGUUAAGAUGUACCAGAACAGUGCCAAAGUCUUACACAUGGCAGUUCGGGACUUAGUCAGGUCGGUCUUUCUGUGUGACAUGUCUGUGUUUGAUGCUUACAUGUCUAGCCAGAAGAAAAAGUCUGAUUUAUUUCAGUGGGAGACAAGCCGAGCCUUGUGCUCCCCACCUGCCUGUGACUCAUUCAGUCGCAGUGACAUAAUCACUGCAGGCAAUUGCAAAACGAUCUGUGGCAAGUACCCAUUCAGCAAGGUGGAGGAAGCUUGUAAAACCUAUAGCCAUGUUGCCAUCAAGGAAGUUAGGUUCUUUGACCUGAAAGUUCUCUAUCCCCUUCUCACUGAUCCAUCCCUGAACCUCAAAAUCAUUCACUUGGUACGUGAUCCUCGGGCUGUGUUCAGGUCCCGAGAGAAUACAAUGGCAGACCUGAGACGCGACAGUAACAUUGUUAUGGGGUCUCAGAAGACAAAGGGAGAAAUGGGGCCCUACAACACAAUGAAGGUAAUCUGCAAAAGCCAUGUUGAGAUAUACAAGGCAGGAAGUCAGGCCGCUCCAAGCUUCCUGAAAGACCGGUAUCUGCUGGUUCGCUAUGAAGACAUUGUCAGAGACCCACUAGCACGGGCUGCUCAGAUGUACAGGUUUGCAGAACUCCAUUUCACACCAGAGCUUCAGAAGUGGGUCCACAACAUCACCCAUGGAAAGGGUCAUGGAGCACAGGCCUUUGAUAUUGGGUCGAGAGAUGCACUGAGAGUAUCCCAGGCCUGGAGAAAGACACUUCCCUUCCAGAAAAUAGAAAAAGUGCAAAAUGUGUGCAAAGAUGCAAUGGAUUUGCUGGGCUACCGGCUUGUUCAGUCUGAAGAAGAGCAGAAAAAUAUGUCUCUGGAUCUUUUGUUUACCCAGAACUCCUCUGAGUAUCAAAUUUUGAAGGCAGAAAAGCUGGUGGUCUCUGCAUCUACCCUCUGAAGGCUGCAGUGCUGAACUAUUCACUAGAGCCAAAGAGGACAGAGGUGCAGGCAUAGAAGUGUAAGAGCGUGCAUGGAUACAAGAACCCUGACUACAUUCAGGAGAGUUCUCAGUAGCACAGGGUCACUCUCUAUGAACACUAGAGAUACAGCCACAAUAGAAGCUAAAGUAAUGCAAGUUUGUUUUCCAAAUUAAUUAUGUUUAGGUUGGAGCAUACAGAAUUCCAGAGGCGUAGGAACAGAUGGCAGAAGCUCAAACCCCCCACAGACCACAGCUGAAGACUAGGGAAACCACAUGGAGCAAUUGCACUGCCAAAGAAGAGGAACUAUAAGAGGAAGCUGAAUAAAGCAAACAUCGCUUGAUAUACUGCCAUGCAGGAUAUGUAGUGGCAGAAAACAGGCAAGGAUGACUGGACAUUUGGUUUCUGGAAAGAUGUUGGACUUUGGUUUGAUUUUGUGUUGGGUUUUUUUGUUUUGUGGCGUUUAGUUUUUUGUUUUGUUUUGUUUGUUUGUUUUUUAAUGGUUGCAUUUUCAAGUCCAGUUUUCCUUUUGCUCCAUUCAUGUGUCUGAGUAUACAGCCUUGGUAGCAAAGAUGGGGAAAUGUUUGUGUUCACUUACUGUAUAAUGGGAAAAUGGAAUAAACCAGCUAUUGCUGAAAAUAAAACUCCUGGGUUUUCAUGUGGGAAACCAUUUCUGUGAUUAUGUGAAUCUAUUUAUUUUUUUGCUGAAAUAAUUCUGUC